AUGAUGAGUCGAACAGAAGUGAUUAUCAAAACUCAAGAACUUGUGAAUAGGGCUAAAGCCGGCGAAGACGCUCUCAAUGACAUGCUAAGCCGUGCAAAUAAAAUAUCUGAACGAAUUCGUUGCAUGCGUAAUUAUAAGAAAACACUAGAUGAUAUUUCAGAAUUUACUGUAAAUGGGCACAAAAGAAAGAACAUUCUUGAUGAUCUGCAACGAGAGAACAAGAAGGUAAUGGCGCUGGAGAAUGAGGUUCGUCAACUGCGAUGCAUCACUGACGAAUGUCUCGGAACGAUUCGCGACGUCGUCAAAAGUCAUAAUCGAAUAAAGAAAUGCAUAGAAACUAGUUUGAAUAAUAAUGAAGCCGACGAAAUAGAUAAUGUUCUUAUGGAAAUGUCGAAAAGGAAGCUGGAGUCGAAGUUGAGGAAAGACGCGAUGUUCAUGAAUUCGAUCAUGAAUGAUUUAGAGAAGACGCGAUUUGAAGAAGAAAAGAAAGAGCUUCUUGAUAUGGCGAGUUUAUCGAACCCGGCAGCACCGAAAAUACUAAAAGAAGCGUUGAGACGAAUUGAAAUGGAAGAUCGCGAGGAUCUGGUGCAUGCGAAAGAAGAGGAGGAUGAUCUCAAUGAAACUGUUCUCAAUUCAACAAUUGUUCGUUCAUAA